ACAAUACUACAGGUCACAUAGCCUGUGCGAAAGAAAUACUGGCUACUCAAGAACUGGUGCAUUUGCUGCCGGUUGUCGUGGGUGUUACAACGAAACGCUCGCUAUGUCGGAUUACGACAGUGCUCGUCGUGCGUCGUGCCGUCCAGAAUCUAAAACCAUGUCGGAAGCCGAAAUGAUCAUGGAGGAGAAGCUGAGAAAAAAGAAGGAAGAGGAGGAGGAGAUGUGGCGCGAGUACAUCGAACAGCGUAAGGCCCAACGUGCGAAGGAGGAUGAGGAAUUGCGCAGGCUAAAAGAACGCCAAGCCAAACGUCGGGCGGCACGUGAGCAACAGGAGGCCGCCAUGAUGGAGUAUAAGAGGCGCAGCGAGGAGCAACGUGCCCGAGAGGUUGAGGAAAAAAAGAUCAAGGAGGCUGAGGCUAAGCGCAAACGUUUGGAAGAGGCUGAGAAAAAAAGGCAAGCUAUGCAAGCUGCCAAAGAGAAGAAGGAGAUGGAGCCUGUCAGGCCUAACUUUAGCAUCAACAAGAAGGAGGCGAUUGAUAUGGGCAACGCCCUAGGCACUUCCAACUUGGACAAAUUCGCUAACAUCAUGCACGCGCGCGGUGAAAUGGGCAAGACCAAGGAACAGCUUGAAGAAGACAAAACCACUAUCCUAGCGAUGCGCGUACCGCCUCUCCAGAUUGAGGGUCUGUCCGCCGAUGAACUCAAGAAGCGCGCCAAGGAACUUUGGGAGCGUAUCGUCUCGCUGGAGUCCGAUAAGUAUGAUCUGGAAGACCGUCAAAAACGUCAGGAUUACGAUCUGAAGGAGUUGGCCGAGCGUCAGAGGCAGAUCAACAGGAAUAAGGCAUUGAAGAAAGGUCUUGACCCUGAGGCUUUAUCUGGAAAAUAUCCUCCCAAGAUUCAAGUUGCGUCGAAGUACGAACGCAGGACAGACCGUAGAACAUAUGAGGAUAAAAAGGAAUUGUUCUCGGGAGGCUUCGAAGCGGCCUAUGAUGCCGACCUCGAAAAGAUCUGGGAGGAGAAGAUGAUGGCAUUUAAGGAGCGCGAAGGCCCUAAGGAACUGCCCAAAUGGGACCCUGAGAAUCCGAAAAACAAACAAGUGUACGAUCGUACCCGUGCUGACUACGAUGACGACGACGAGGACGAUAUUCCCGUGCCGGUGUUCAAGCCGCCUGAGGAUUUUAUGAUGACACCAGCACCGCCCGCCCGCGAGCCUGAGCCCGAGCCCGAAGCUGAGGAGGAAGAGGCUGAGGAGGAAGAAGCGGAAGAAGAAGAAGAAGAAGAAGAAGAAGAAGAGUAAAUUUAAAACACUUCUAAGAUUUGAUAGUGGUCUACCGCCCCCCACUCGUAGUCUUCCUGAGCACAUCUAGACCAAAGGCAAAAAGGUGCCGCUGUUCUACACGAAUAUUAAACUACCAGCGAUGGCGGGAGUUGUGCAGCUAACGAAUAGACCUCUGUAGUCUCCUAACCUAGCAAAAGUGAUAAAAAUACAGCAAGCUAAUAAAGGCGCUAAGUGAAUAAAAAACAACCUAAUUGACAAACGACUUGUCGCUGGCGCUACCGCUUG